ACGUCAUGAUUGCGGAAGUGGUCCGGCAGGAUUAUUGCAGCGUGAAUCUGCUGUAAAGCAAAUCAAUUUCACUGAGGAGUUGAAUGAGUUUGACUUGAAACCAGUCAGUCCGCGAUGGCAGCUCUUAAAUACGCCGGAAUGGAUGAUACAGACAGUGAAGACGAGCUUCCUCCCGGCUGGGAAGAGAGGUCCACUAAAGACGGAUGGGUUUAUUAUGCCAACCACGAGGAAAUGAAGACUCAAUGGGAGCAUCCCAAAACUGGGAAGAAGAAACGCUGUGCUGGAGCUUUGCCAUAUGGAUGGGAGCAGGAGACCGAUGAUAAAGGCCAAGGCUUCUAUGUUGACCACAUCAACAAACGCACAACAUAUUUUGACCCUCGGCAGGCCUUCACCGUAGAGGACAUGCAGGUGAAACCCAAGCGCUACGAUGGGAACACCACGGCUCUGGAGAUCCUGCAGGACUGUGACCUGUCUGAUAAGGUGGUGGUGAUUACCGGAGCAAACUCUGGCAUCGGUUUUGAGACCGCCCGAUCUUUUGCUCUUCAUGGUGCACAUGUGAUCUUAGCGUGCCGAAAUCAAAGUCGUGCCAUUAAAGCAGUGAGUCUGAUCACAGAAGAAUGGAUAUAG